GAAAUGCAACCGGCGUAGAACCUACAGUGGAGUCUGUAUUGCGUCCCGGUUCAACGUUCGGAAACUGAUGGGGGGGUUUGAUUCCCUGCUUCAGGAACCCCCCGAUCCCACCACCAUGCGGAAAGCUGUGUUUUUCACGCUAAUACUUUCUUGCAUUGACUUCACACUCGCAGUGACACACUCCCUACAGUAUGUCUACACUGGCAUGUCAGGGAUACCUGACUUUCCAGAGUUUGUGUCUAUGGGGCUGGUAAAUGGGGAGCCCAUCGAUUACUAUGACAGCAAAGUACGCAGAGUGACUCCUCGUCAGCGAUGGUUAGAGCAGUCUGUGGGGCCUGGUUACUGGGAACAGCAGAUUCAGUAUAGCUGGUAUGCAGAGGGUGAGAUGAAAAACAGCAUUGAAGUGGCAAAGAAGCUCUUCAAUCACACAGAAGGUAAGUGGUGCAUGUUUACCACAGUGAUCCUGACACAUUUUAUUUGUGGAUGUUUUUGUCUUUCUCCCCAAGUCCGCCCUGAGGUGUCUCUGCUGCAGAAGGACCCCUCCUCUCCUGUCACCUGCCACGCAACCGGCUUCUUCCCCAAAGGGAUCGUGGUGACCUGGAGGAAAGAUGGAGUGGACAUGCACAGCAACGUGGCAGUGGGCAAGACCCUGCCAAACGGGGAUGGAACAUUCCAAAUCACAUCAAAACUCUGGGUGAAGCCUGAGGACUGGAAGAUGAACAGCUACAGCUGUGUCGUGCAGCACAAGAGCCUCCAGGAUGACAUUGCUGUGCUGCUGCAGGAGAAGAACAUAAGGACCAAUCAGGGAGGCCUUCCCUGGGGCAUCAUCGUCGGCUGUGUGGCUGCUGCUCUGGCUCUCGUUGCUGUUGUCAUUGGGCUCGUGUUGUGGAGGAGGAGCAGGACAGGCUAUGGGAAAGCCGGCACGUCUGACACUGAUUCUGAGAACUCCAGCCAACAGCAACCAAAAGCAUGAGUUCACCCUCCAUGAUGUCACAGUUCAUCUCCUUCUCUGCCAGAAGACAACAGAGACCAGAUGAGAUGAAUGUGCAGACCUGAUACCCCCCUCCACACACAGACACACACGAUACAAUAUAAUGUUUCUUUACUAAGCAUUUAGCAGCUUUACAAUCAACAACAGUCAUGAUAUUAUUAUAUAAGAUAUCAUAAGACUAUGAGGAGCAGAAUAAGUUUAAUCAGAAAAUGAAUCACUGACUGACUGUCAGGAAGGAUCAUUAAUGCAGGUUUAUUUCUCUCUCUGUAAGUUACUGUAUUAGCAGUUAAAGCUCCGCUGUCUUAUAGCUGCUCUGCUCUGUCACUGUGCGGCACUGCAGUCUGUUUUUAUCAUGAUCUGUCUCUUUAAAUGCCGCACAGCCUGCUGAUGAGGACGCCUGUGUGACCCUGUGUGUGAGAUGCACUGAUCACUGACUUACAGUAACGAGCAUCAAGGAUGAAGCAACAGCAAUCAGAAAGAUGGGCAAUGAAAUGAUGAAUGUGACUGAUAAAUGUGUGAAACAGUGUAACAGAACACCAUGUAAUUUAUUAUUACAGGAAAUCAACUUCAAAUUGAGCUGUUGUAGUUCUGUAACAUCGUUACGCUCAGGUGAGGAUUAUUGGUAACUUGAUAUUGAAAACUAUAUUUGAAAUUCUAAGUAAUUGAGUAUCUAGUGCAUUUCUCACUGGGUUUUCUUACAUUGUACUUUUUGUAUUUGAUAUAUUUUUCUGUUUAAUUUGUGAAUUUGUUUCUUUGAGAAUUAAAGUAAUAUUAUAAACUUUUUCAGUCAGUCUAAUUGCUGUGGGUACUGUAACCCUAAACCUUAUGCUUUGGUGGUUUUUGCAUACAAAUUCUGUUUCUAUGAUAUACACAAGUGGAAAAUCGCUGAUUAUAUGAUUACCAUGUUCAUAAAAUGAAACUUCUUUAUCAGUAAAAUAAAUUGUGAAAAACAGAAAUUCGUAUUGCAUUAAUUUUCAUUUUGAAUGUAAAUAUUUUGUCUGAAAUGGGCUAAUAAAGAGGAUAAAUCUGGA